AGUUUGAAGGAAAAAAAAACAACAACCAGGAAGUUAAACAGAGGAGGAAACGUAUUCGCUGUGUUGGAGCAUCAAACGCUCAAAUCUUUAAAAAGGUUUUUACAAAGGUUUCCAACAACAGCGACAACUUUAAGUAAAGUUGGUCCAUCGGGUUGUGGUCAAAGGGCACUGUUUCCAACAAGAUGGACAAUGAUCCGGAGCGGGGAGGUGUAGCGGCAGCGCCGGAGCCACAGGACAAGGUGCAGGCCUUAAGGGAUCAGGUAGAUGGAGUGAAAACCAUCAUGACGCAUAAUGUGGACCGAAUCCUGGCCCGAGGAGAGAGACUGGAUGACCUCAUGGGCAAGUCAGAGGACCUGCAAGCAGGGGCUCAGCACUUCAAGCAGACGUCCCAGAAAGUGGCUCGCACCUACUGGUGGAAGAACGUCAAGCUGGUCGUGGUCAUCAUUGUGGUCGUCCUCAUCAUCGUCCUCAUCAUCAUCCUGCUGGCCACCGGAGUCAUCCCUGUCAGUGCCCCUGUGCCUCCUAUAGUCACUCCCACCAAAAAGCCCUAAACACACCCACACACGAUGUAUAUACAGUCAACAAACACAUUCUUAUUGCACAAUAUACAAAGUAAUAUAUAGACUCUAGCAGACAACUGCUGUCUGGUGAAACCCUUAUUAUUUCUGAGUUAGUUUCUACUGGUAGCUUUCAUGCUUCUGUUGGAAUUCAAGGACUUUGUGCUUUGGUUUAAGGAACUGUAAUGGCACAUUAGCUUUUGAAAUCCUUUCAAAACCCAAUUUCAGCAUAGCCAUUUUUUUGAAUUUGUGAGAAAUGAAAUGAAAGUGUCUGGAAGGUCUGAGGUCUUCACCUGACAGCAGCAAAAACACUGUCCCUGUUUUCAAAGGAUGCUUCAAACCACUACACCAGCGCCUCUUUGUUUAACUGUUUCACCAUCAACGGUUAUUUCAUCCUGGCAGAGACCACGUCACUUUAAUGUGUGUAGAUGGAAAUAAUGAGUGUGGAUUUCUCCAGUAUCAUUCCAGACAUGUUUGCGUUGAAUGUUAUCACUUAUUGCACCUUUGCAAAGGGCAGUGUGUAUAGUUUAUAAGAUGAAGAAUGCAGUUCCUAAAAGAAGUCAGGAAACAUGUUUUUGCUGAUAUUGGACAAAUGCACCUGAUGCAAAUCUGUAACAAUUUUAGGUCACACUGUGUUUAAUGAAAGGCUGAAUUGUGUAUUGAAUAUAUAUGUUACCAGUUGUGGGCUUAUUCCUUUCAAAGUGCUUCCAAUUUCUUUUGUAGUCGGACAGUCUAGGCAAAAUAAUUACUAUAGAAAUUCUUUUUAAAUUUGUCAAAUAGUUAAUUGAAUGUAAACACUUGGCACUGCUUUAGUUCUUAUAAAAGUAUUGUAAUUAGCUACUUACUGGUUUUGAGGGUUGAUGUUUGAAGAAAGGUUUGUAAUAUUACACAGAGUUUAAGAAACAAUUGCUGUGCACAAAAAUCAUCAUAUAACUGUACUGACCUUCAAAACGGUGAGUAGGGACACAGUUGGGUACAACACACAGUCUGGGAGUGUAUAUUUAAACAUCCAGUGUGUAGGAUUUAGGGGGAUAUAUUGGCAGAAAUGGAAUCCAGUAUUUAUAACUAUGUUUUAUGUAUGAUCACAUGAAACUAAGACUCCUUGUGUUUUCCUUACCUUAGAAUGAGCCUUUUAUAUCCACAUACAGAGCAGGUCCUCUUCAACAGAGGCUGUCAUGUUGUUCUGCAGUAGCCCAGAACAGAAAACCCAAACUCUGGUUCUAGAUAGGGCCAUUGGCAUUUUUGUGUCAGCCUCUGUAGUUUCUCCUACAAGCUUGGCAUGCAGGAGAAGUUUCAGUUGGCAGCAAUCUGCAGCAUCACCACUAUAUGUCAUGAAAUCCUACAUACUAGACCUUUAAAUGUACAGCAUUGAUUCAGGCCAUAAAAAUUAGCAGGACCUUAAGUUUGAAUAUGACACAGCAUUUGCAGUAAUGUAUUUUUUCUACUCAACAGAGAUGCAUUGUCUUUAGAGGGAAAGUUAACACAGAAUUGUAGAUUUGUACAUUUGUGCUCUGCAGUAUCCGCCUUUUUAAAAGAUCAUGUUUAUUUUCUCCUUUUACCUCUAGAAAUAUUGCAGUUUAAAUGUUUUGCUUUGGUACUUAGAUUCAAUAAACAGCCCACUGGGGUCAGCCGCCAAAGAUCUGUUCACACAUUUGUAGUUUUGAGGAGAUCAGGCUCUUCCAGCCAACCAGCUGAGAGAGAUCCUUUACAGCCCCUCCAUGGUUCCCCUUGCUGGGUGCAUGUCAACCAAUAGGCCCCCACAGUCACAGCUUACAGCGAGAAAAUCUUAUAGAAUACAAAUAAGCCUGUGGCAAAGAUCCUGUGUGUCUCACCUCCCACCUCUUUCUGCUGUUACAGUACCAGUUUAGUUUUAAAGAGGUCAAAAUAAUCACCAUUAUGAGCUGUAAAUAGUCAACAUGGUCUCACCUUUAUGUAUAUUUGCAACAGCCUUGAACCUAAUGUGUUAGUGGAAGGAUAUGUUCUUUUAGAGGCUAUUUAUUUAAUGCUUUGUCAUUCAUGUUCUCUUUUUUUAAUCAAAAAUGAACCAGUGAAAGCUGUAUGUGAUUUCUGUAUAAACAGGUAAUCCAGACUCAUUAAUCUUAAAAUGGUUCAGUUCAAUCACUCUGUUCUUAAUCAUGUUUCAGCUGUCGGUAUAAAAAGGAGGCUGUGUUGGAACAAAUUCUUUAUUGUGUGUUUCUUACAUGGCUCUGGGGUGCAGUAAUCCAAACCUCUUUGCCUGUUCACACACUCAUACUGACCUGAUUCAUGCUGUUAGAGAUCACAAGCACAUUUGUGUUCAUGCAGGCUGCAGCAGGUCUGUCAUUGUGUUAGAGGCCUUGUCCAGUGUCUUUAACUCUUGUCGUUUUGGAACCUUAAUCUUUAAACAGAUGUAAUGUCAGACUCCAGCUGACCUGUGAUGUACCUGGACGCUUGAUUAGAAUUCUCAUGGUCUUAAUCUGAUUACUUAUGGUAUUUAAUGGUUUUAAUGGUCUGAUAUGAAAUAAAUAGUAUUUACCUCUG